AUGGGCAACGCUGGAGCAAAGUCUAAAUUGAAAACAGUUGACAUCGCUGAGGACUUGUCGGAUUUGCCGGCCGCUUUGAAGGAGUAUGGAACAGGCGCUGAGCUUGCGGUCUCGGCUCUUGGUGCUAGAGGAGGCAGGUACGGUUUAGCAAGCCCUGCAGAUCUCUUCCGCCUAGACGUCGCUACCAAUUUGAGUUUUGCCGAAACCGCCGCCCAACAACUCGGCGUUUCCCAUGUGGCUCUUAUGAGCCACGUUAAUGCCAAUUACAACAAGGCUGCUAGUGACGAAGCGAUGCCUGGCAACUUCAAAGAGGCUAAAGGACUUCUCGAAUACAGAAUCGAGACUUCUGAGGUGCUGAAGUCUUUGGGUACUCGAGUAUCGCUAUUCAAGCCUGCCUUGAUCACAGGGGAACCUUCCGACCAAUGCGGCCCCGCCAGCAGUGAGAACCUCUUCCUCCUCCUCCUCGUGUUCGGUGAAGGAACGACUGAUACAAACUUUAUGCGGACACAGUUUCGAGAGAUCAGCGCUGACCAUCUGGCAUUAGCGGUGAGGAUCAAUCAUGAGAUGUGCGUACCGUCAGAGGGGGUAUCGAUGGAGCCGUUGGGGUAUGAGGAGUGUAUGAGGUUAAUAGGAAAGGAUGAUGACAUUUGA